AUGAGCAUUGGAAAGCUGUCACAAGCAACGAAGAUGUGCAGUCUGAUUUGCAUAAUUAUUUAUGAUUCAUGCAAUUGUCGCCAAGAGUCACGCUCGAGAUUACAGAGUCGUCCGCCCACCUACGGUAUAUAUAUAUUUUUAGCUUCUGUACGUCUCGCCUUGUCACGCCGUUUGCCCCUGACGCAGGACACUCGCAGGACAACCCCAAACGGACCCUGGUGUAACCGACCUCGUGACGCCAGACCUUUACAUAAGGAAGGUUCAUUUCUCAGAGAUUUACAUCUGCCCAUCCGUCGGAGUAAUAUAAUUGUUCUUAAGCAAGUCCCUUGGCUCUGCGGAAAUCAGGUCAAUCGAGGUCAGGAGACAGGGCGAGGCAGGCCCAAUGUGCGAGUUAAAACACCCUGUGUGACACUUUGCGAAGAGACACUCAAGAAUUUGGAAAACUUUUUUGUUUAUUUGCUUGUGUCGUUAAAUCUUAUUGUAACUGGCAAGGUGGCCGUGUGUUUCAAACUUUUAGUGUGUGGCUUGAGGUACAAACGCCGGGGCUUGCAGUUUACAUCAGCAACAGAUUCCCGUGCACUGAGAGCUAUCCAGCACAGGGAGAGCCAGCGAUCACGCAGGGACAAUGCCAUCACCCAGCGUCGCCAGAUUGGUUCCCUUGAGGACUCAGUGGACGAAGGGCGUCAGCGUAACAUGAGCUUUUCCAUCCUUGAAGAAAUGCCAAAGAAGAAGACUCUGGAGGAGCUGGGAAAGACUAAAUCCUCAACUCCAUGUUACAUAUUUUUCAAUAAUUUAAGUUGCCAUGAGUUGGUGUGCCCUUUAGCACAGUCCAAGGGGAGGGUUGAUGAGGUGCUUUUGCCCUCUAUAAGAAUAUCAUCUUCAGUUUGCCCUAGCUUAUUGCAUCCAUACUGGGAACGUUAUCAACAACUCCUCAAGUGGAAGGAAGAAAAGAAAAAGAGACUAGAGAAGGAAAAGAAGGUGCGGAAACCAGCUUUCAAAACGGGAAUCUUCCAGCCAGAUACACCCAAGUAUCUAGUUUCCAUGGACAAUGGAGAUUUGGAGUGUCCACUUACAGGCGGUUGCCCACUUUCGGUAUGGGCACCACUCCAGACCAGGCAUUACAGAGAGGUGGCAGGCAAAAAGUCAGAAGUUGGCUCAGCCAAGCCGGCCCACAGAACUCGUGCUGCAUUGAAGGCUGGCAGAAAAGAAAGAAAUGAGGUUGCAGCCAGGAAGGGAGCACUCCGCGGUCGUCUGUCAAAGCUGCAGACAAAGCAAAUGGAGGCCGAGGAGCUGGGAGUGAAGCCACUACCCCGCACGCCUCAGGCACUUCAGCAGCCACGUUUCAGCAAGGCCAUCACAAAUGUGACUCAGACGAGAGAUACUCAAGAACCCCCUUCCUUUGCCCCAAAUGAUUUCACUUUUGAAUUUAAUGUCCAACGAGCACUUAGCCUUAUACGUUCAUGCACGGAAAAUGAUUCCAGUGAAGGCCAUAAUGAGUCGAGUCCCUCAGAGAGGAGGAGCAGCAGACGUUCCUCCCGUUACAGCAAGAAGAAAGAAGAUGCGCAAACUUCUCAACAGGAAGAAGUUACUAAGGAGGCCACCCAGUCCCAGCCUCCUGUCGAGUGUGUCUCACAACAAGAAUCUGAUGACGCAGGCAGCACAGGCACAUACAUUGUUGGCGACCAGUGCAUUGCUGAUGCCGAGACCAUGCUGCAGUCAGGCAACGAAUCUGGUGAUGGUGAUAUGGAAGCAGAUUUGCAAGAAGAGCUGGAAGCUAGAGUUACAGAAGAUGAGGAAGAGGUCCAGGAAGAACAGAAAGUUGAGGAACCCAUGUCAGAGGAAACUCAGGAUCAGAUUCCUCCAGGUGAGGAUGUUGCCUGCAGCAGGAACACAAUGGAUUUAGAAGAGCCACAGGUUAAGGAGGCUCUGACCCUUGAGGCUGAAGAAAAUGUGGAAUUAGAAUGUAAAACCAUGGAAAAGGAAGACAGUGAUAUGGAGGAUGGUGAACCUUUAUCUCUGCACCUCAGUCCGGAGAAGACCACACGCACCAGGAGAAAGAGUAAAGCGAAAACUCCAGCAAGACGAUCCACAAGGAGGUCAAUUGCAUGUUGCAGUGAGGCUAUAACACCCACUUUGUCCAGGCUACGCCCACGUACCCCCUGCAGCCGUUCCACACGCCGUUCAUUGUCUGCCCACUGUGACUCGCCUGUUGAAAGGAUGUACACGCCACUGCGACAGGCUUCAUCUAGGAGGAGGAGCACCAGCAGGUCAGUUGGCAGUGCCCUGAAACUCAACAACAUUAGUGAAGCCCCCAUUGCAGACAUCCCCAAGUUCAGUUUGCCCACUGAAGCUGAUGCUGGAGUGGAGAAACAUGAAAUCUUGGAGGAAGAGGAGGUGAAGGAGCCGCUGGAAAGCCUUACGGAGGCGUGUGCUGAGGAUUAUGCCGUGGAAGAGCCAACAGAUGUCACAACGACCAAUGUCACUGCUGCAGAGGAUAAGAUGGAAUUUGCAACACCCAAUCAGGUUCCACUCAAGAAGUCCCAAACAACUCCUUCAUCUCGGAAAGCCAGUGAAAUGACAACACCUAUUCAGGUUGCAACUGGAAUGUCUCAAAUAACUCCUUCAUCUGAGAAAGCCACUGAUUCACACACUGAUGCCACCCCAAGGAGCCGCGGACGACGUUCAAAGGUAUCAUGGAUGGUAGAGGGAAGUCCCUGGAUCAACACAGCCCGUCGCUCCUCCCAGAAGAAGAGGCGCAGUGGUGUUCCCCCAGAUAUUCUUGGUCUCUUCCAUGACAUCCCAACUGAUGGAUCACCGCUCCCCGUGCACUUAACACCAGAAGGGAUGAAAAACAGAGAAUUAGGAGCCUCGCCUGUAACUGCCGUUUAUGACUCACCUGUGGGAAUGGCCAAUGCAAGUGUACACGAAGAUCAGACGUGUACCAAUCUGUUGGCUCUUCUGGAGCCCACAGCCACUACGGAACAUGUUGAUUCCCCUGAUAUUGAUGUCUGGGGUGAAGACAGCCCAGCAGUGGCAACAGCACCUGCAAAUGAUGUACACUGUACACCUGUCACAUCCAAGCACACGGCCAUUCUAGGCUCAGUUAACCAAAACCUGCUUUUAACAAAUGUUGCUUCUCCUAAACUCCCGUAUCCUGCAGAGAAGGACAAGGGAGGAGCCCAAGACGGAAAGAACUUGUCUCCCCUCCCCCAAGCAGACGAAAGCGAGGACGGGGCCAGGCAUGGGAUCCUGUCUGACACCAACCCCCACAGUAAGGGCAGCAGUGGGCGAAAGAGGUCUCGCAGAUCCGUCAUGUUUGCUGUGCAGGAGGACCAGGAGAACCUCGCCUCGCCACACUUCCGGUUCCCAGGCACUCCAGUCAGAGCUUCGUCGCGGGUGUCCAUGGGUCUCUUCUCGAAAGUGGACACAAACACUGACAGCCUCCCGACCCAGGGCCAGGACCUUAUGGCCUUCGACUCGCCGCAGAGUGAAAAGAAGACGGCAGUGUCCUCCCUGGCAACCCCCAGACGACAGUCGCGGCGAGUGAGCAAGGCGCCGGUGCUCUAG